AUGCCGAUCACAAAUGAGGAAUGGUUGCCUAGUUAUGAGGAACUGACCGUCCCCGAAUUGGAUCUCACAUCAUCCGUGCUCAGGGCAGGAGCUCAUUAUUUUGGUAAAUACUGCGACAAUCAAUGCAAGGAGUUUAUGUUGUGUAAGGAAGAAACCAAUGACCCAAGGCGCUGCCUAAAUGAAGGCAAAGAAGUCACUCGAUGUGGAUUUGAAAUAUUUGGAAAGAUUAAAGCCAAAUGUUUUGAAGAAUUUCAACAAUACUGGCAUUGUAUUGACCAUUCUGGACAUGAUAUGAAUUUUAGGAAGUGCCGUAAGCAACAGGCAAUUUUUGAUGAGUGUGCCAAAGAAAAACUUGGUAUUGAGCGUCCAUAUGUUGGUUACUUCUCCAAAGUGCGUGUACACCACACUGAUCGACCCAAGUAUGAGUUGCCACCCCACCAACUACCAGAUGCCUUGCCGCCACCGCCAGAUUUUUCAAAGACACCAAAAACCGAGAUUAUAGAUUAA